UCCGGAGCCGGAAGUUGGGCUUCCAGGGCCCGCGCGUCCCUUAGGCGGGCCGCCCCUCAAGCACAAUGCUUUGUGGUACCCCAGGCUUCCUCAGGGCCUCCGUAGCGCCCGCCGCUGCCCUGGCUGCUGCCCUGGCUGCAGCCCUGUUCUCGUCGCUUGCGCACUGCUCGCUUUUGGAGCCGAGGGACCCGGUGACUUCAGUGCUCAGCCCCUAUUUCGGCACCAAGACUCGCUACGAGGAUGUCAACCCCAGGCUGCUGUCGGACCCUGAGGCGCCGCGGCGGGACCCGGAGCUGCUGGAGGGUACCUGCACCCCGGUGCAGCUGGUCGCCCUCAUCCGCCACGGCACCCGCUACCCUACGGCCAAACAGAUCAGCAAGCUGAGGCAGCUGCACGGGCUGCUGCAGGCCCGUGGGCCGGCGGAUGGCAGGCCGGGCAGUGCGGGGUCUCGCGGCCCGGGUGCCGCGCUGACCGACUGGCCACUGUGGUACGCGGACUGGAUGGAUGGGCAGCUGGUGGAGAAGGGACGGCAGGAUAUGAGACAGCUGGCGCUGCGCCUGGCUUCACUCUUCCCGGCCCUCUUCACCCGCGAGAACUACGGCCGCCUGAGGCUGGUCACCAGCUCCAAGCACCGCUGCAUGGACAGCGGCGCCGCCUUCCUGCAGGGGCUGUGGCAGCACUACUACCCUGGGCUGUCGCCGCCUGACGUCGCAGAUAUGGAAUGUGGACCUCCAAGAGUUAAUGACAAACUAAUGAGGUUCUUUGAUCAUUGUGAGAAGUUUUUAACUGAAGUGGAAAGGAAUGCUACAGCUCUUUAUCAUGUAGAAGCCUUCAAAACUGGACCAGAAAUGCAGAACACUUUAAAAAAAGUUGCAGCUACUUUGGAAGUGCCAGUAAAUGAUUUAAAUGCAGAUUUAAUUCAGGUAGCUUUUUUUACCUGUUCAUUUGACUUGGCAAUCAGAGGUGUUAAAUCCCCUUGGUGUGAUGUUUUUGACAUAGAUGAUGCAAAGGUAUUAGAAUAUUUAAACGACCUCAAACAAUAUUGGAAAAGAAGCUAUGGAUACACCAUUAACAGUAGAUCCAGCUGUACCCUAUUUCAGGAUAUCUUUCAGCACUUGGACAAAGCAGUUGAACAGCAGCAAAGGUCUCAGCCAGUGUCUUCUCCAGUCAUCCUCCAGUUUGGUCAUGCAGAGACCCUUCUUCCACUUCUUUCUCUCAUGGGCUACUUCAAAGACAAGGAACCCCUAACAGCUUAUAAUUACAAGAAACAAAUGCAUAGGAAAUUCCGAAGCGGCCACAUUGUACCUUAUGCCUCAAACCUCAUAUUUGUGCUUUACCAUUGUGAAAAUGCUAAGACUCCUAAAGAAGAAUUCCAAGUGCAGAUGUUAUUGAAUGAAAAGGUGUUACCCUUGGCUCACUCACAAGAAACUGUUUCAUUAUAUGAGGAUAUGAAGAAUCACUAUAAGGACAUUCUUCAGAAUUGUCAAACCAAUGAAGAGUGUAAGUUAACAAAGGUAAAUAGCACAUCAGAUGAGCUCUGAGUAACUGGAGUAAAUUUUUAGUUCAUCAGUGCUGUCCUGUAGGGACUGAUUACAUAUUUGUAAUUGGUAAGCAAUCCCUUGAUUACAGAGAGCUUUCAUAUUACUUGGGUAUUUCUGUCUUUUCACAGAAAAAUGUUUCUUUUGGGAUCUGGGCAUAAUAAGUAAAUGAUUCUUACCUGGAGCAACUUUCUUAAGGAAAAAAACUACUUGAGGAAACAACUGGCACUGCAUGUUUACAGAAAUGAAGAAUUUCUACCUUAUAUAAGAAACCUCAUACUGAGGUGUAGCAUAGGAUUUGAAAGUGAUACUUGAAAAGUGCUGAACUAUCAACAUAUAAUGUUAAUUGGAUGAUCUAUAAUUUGAUUUCAUUUAGUCAAGGAACUUUAUCUGUUGUGUACAGUGCUCUCUUUUUACCUCAUAUGGGACAGUCCUACUGUUGUCUUUCUUAAUUGGAAAUAUUGUGAUAACCUGAGAUUAUCACCUUGGAAGAAAGCUAACAUAUGUCUGAAUGUGUGAAACAAUGUUAAGAAACAGGAUGGUUUAAAAGGACAUCUUUACUGAAGCAAGACAAAAAGCAUAAUAAAAGAAAUAUUUUUGUUAAUAGUAUUUAUAAACUAUUUGAACACAUUUAAAAAAAUUUUUAACCUCGUAGUAAGAGAUUUCAAGGCUAUCUUAAGUUAUUAUGAGACCUGUUUUUUGUCUAUAACAAUGGAAGGACAAAGAGGACUAUUAACAAGUCAGAUGGAUUGAAUCAAAGUCUUUAAAUUUUUUCCUUAGCUAUCUUGUUACUUAAUUUCCAUUUUAUAUUUUGUUAUUAUGUGAAAUGCAUAAUUUGCUUGUUUUCUUUUUCUUUCCUUUUUUUAAAAUAAAGACUCCACCCUGGCUUACUUAGUCUCACCAACUUGAACCUAUUUCACAGAAGAUUCUGAGUUGUGUCAAAUGCCAUUAAAGUAUUUGCUACAGCAAACAAAA